AUGAAUCCUUCAGACGAUUUAUUAUCAGAAAACUUAUUUUCAUUAAAAGGUAAAAUUGCACUAAUAACUGGUGGUGGCUCUGGAAUUGGUAAAAUGAUUGCAAAAGGUUUUGUUCAAAAUGGUUGUCGAGUUUAUAUCGCUUCUAGAAGAAAAGAAUUACUGAAAAAAAUUGCGGAAGAAUUAAAUUGUUUAAGAGGAUCAGGAGAAUGUAUUCCUAUUGAAGUAGAUUUAAAUUCCAAGGCAUCAUGCGAAAAACUUGCUACCGAAAUUGGUAAAAGAGAAAAUGGAAAACUCGACAUUCUUGUAAAUAAUUCCGGGAUGGGUUUGGAUACUACUUUAACUGAUAUUCCCGAAAUUUCUUGGGAUAAAAUAUUAAAAUUGAAUGUCAUUAGUGUUUUUUAUUUGACCAUAGCAUGUUUACCAUUGCUUGAAAAAGCCAGCCAUAAACCAUCUGAUCCUUCAAGGGUAAUUGUAAUUGGAAGUAUAUCAGGAAUAGCAGAAGGUGAUUUUAGAGGAAUAGUUGAAGCAACAAAAGUUACUUCUCUACCGUAUAAUGUAUCAAAAGCUGCAGUUCAUAAUGUUGCUAUGAAUCUUGCUGUCAAUCUUACUCCACGUGGAAUAAAUGUUAAUGUUAUUGCACCUGGAAUAAUGAUUACACCCAUGACAAAUCAGAUUGAUAUUCCCUCAUGCACUUUAGAAGUUCCUCAAGGUCGUUUAGGAAAUGAAAUGGAUAUGGUUGGUGCAUCUUUAUAUUUAGCUUCCCGAGCUGGUAGUUGGGUAUCUGGUGUUGUUAUUCCUGUUGAUGGUGGAACAAUAUUAAGAAAUAAAGAAUGGGGUAUGUCCUUGGCAAAAUUGUAA